AUGGCUUCGCAUCCAGAACUGUGGGAAGCGGUGCGCCAGCUCCAGAUUCCCUUCGACACGGCCGUGCUCGUCCGCGGUUUCGACUUCGGAACGACAGAACAGCAGAUCCGAAAUCACUGCAGUAUUGUGGGGCCUGUGAGAGUAGCGAUGAUCGACAAGGGCGCAGCGGUGGUUUCCUAUCCGUCGCCAGAGCAAGCAGAGCAGGCCGUGCUGCAGCUCAACAAGACCACCAUUUCGGGCAAUCGGCGCUACAUUGAUGUGAAGUCGAGUGGACAGGAAAGCAGCAACAACAAGCGGCCGGCUCAAUUCACGGCGACGGGUACCACGAACCGAGUGUUUGUGAGGGGCUUCGAUUUCGGCACCACAGAUGAGCAGUUGCAGGUGCACUGUGGCUCUGCAAGCACACUGAGCGCUGCAAGCACACCGCAGCUGCAAGUGCUGCAAGUGGAAGGAAUGCCAGAAGGUUCUUCUGAAGACGAUGUGAAGCAGAUCUUUGCUCAAUAUGUGUCAGUGAUUUCCAUCAAAUCUUUGCCCUCUGGUACAGGAGCUGGGGAGGCAUGGCUGCUUCAAUGUGGCACUGCAGACGAAAGCCAGUACAUCCUGGAAACCCUGAAUGGAAACAUCCCCCAAGGCCUUCACGACCCUGUGGCCAUAAGACCUUCAGGAUCAGGGAAUGCUGGGGAUACACGUUCUGCACACGCGACGGGCGCAGCAGGCAAGGGAAAGGGUAAAGAUCAGGUGACGUUGUAUGUCACUGGCUUGCCUCUGGAGUCCACUGACGACAGCCUCUUUAGCUUUUUCGACCAGUUUGGAGAAGUAUACGACAGCAAGAUACUUCCUGUGUCUGAAUUCGGGUCGACCAUGGAAGGUACUCUUCGAAUGUCUCAAAACGACGGUGCCUGGUGCGUGGAGAAUUUGAAUAACUUCCAGCCCGCGAAGUACCCGGCACCCCUCAGCGUGACUUUUCCGAAGGAUCAUGGGGACAAGGGCGGCCCUUCGGGCAAGGCCCUCCUUGACACUGAUGCCACGGACUCCAUGCAUGUCGGAAGCUCCCACCCGGGCCACUUGCCCGAGAGCACCCCUGGCCCUCAGGGCAGAUCUUGGACCGCUGAGCCUGGGUGGGGCAAUGGGAACGAUGUGACGAAGGGCCUUUCAGGGGGCAAAGGUCCAUAUGGCAUGUGGGAUCCGAGGGCGAAGGGGCCCGUGAAAGGGGCACAGGGAAAGGAGCUCGGAUUUGCUGAUUGGGGAGGCGGUUGGGGCAAGGGCGGCAAGUUUGCAAAGGGCAAGGGAAAGAGGCCAGGACCUUAUUGA